AUCAGGGGAGGAGGAAAACAAGCCGGCCAAGCCGGCUCUCUGAGAAGUAAUUUUCGGAUUUUGCUUCAAAACGAGGGCAAUGACAUCGCCUCCCUCUUGGUCAAUUCCUAAAGUACAUGCCAACUCUCUAUCUUCAAUCCUGAAACGCUCUUAUAAAGAGUCUUCGUUGUGUUCUCUCGUUCUUGAUUAUUUACUAGGAAGGUGUGUACUUUGUGAUACUGAUUAAGCACCGAGAAAGAGAUAAAGUCAUCAAGAAAAGAGAUGGGCUCUGAAGAACAAUUUGGAGGACAAGAGCUCUCUCUUUCUCACUCUGACCCCGUUGUUUUAGAGCUCAACCGCUUGCAAAACCUCCUCAAAGAAAAGGAUAGAGAAUCGGCGAAUGCUCAGAGUGAAAUCAAGUCUUUAAAAGCGAAUGAAGUUCUGAAGGACAAGGUUAUAGAGGAGCUGAAACAUAUUGUUCAGAAACUGGAGGAAAAACUUGCAAUCACUGAAAAUUUUCUGCAGCACAAGAAUCUGGAAGUCAAGAAACUCGUGAGCGAAAAGAGGGAUGCAUUGGCUGCACAAUAUGCUGCGGAGGCGACUAUUAGAAGGGUUCAUGUGAACCAAAAGGACAAUGAUUUGCCUCCUGUCGAGUCUGUCAUUGCUCCACUAGAGGCUGAGAUCAAAAUGCAUAAGAAUGAGAUUGCAGCGCUGCAGGAGGACAAGAAGGCUUUAGAACGCCUCACUAAGUCGAAAGAAUUAGCUCUGCUUGAGGCAGAGAAGAUCUUGCGAAGCGCUUUAGAAAGAGCUUUGAUUGUGGAGCAAGUUCAGAACCAGAACUACGAGCUAAAGAGACAGAUUGAGAUCUGCCAGGAAGAGAACAAGAUACUCGAGAAGACCAACCGCCAAAAGGUUUUAGAGGUCGAAAAGUUGAGCCAAACAAUUCAAGAACUUGAGGAGGCUAUUCUAGCUGGUGGUGCAGCAGCGAAUUCUGUUCGUGAUUAUCGACGGCAGAUUUCUGAACUGAAUGAAGAGAAGAGGACUCUUGAGAGGGAGCUUGCAAGAGCCAAAGUUUCAGCAAACCGAGUUGCGACUGUGGUGGCCAAUGAGUGGAAAGAUGACAAUGACAAAGUAAUGCCCAUUAAGCAAUGGCUUGAAGAGAGAAGGAUACUGCAGGCGGAGAUGCAAAGAUUAAGAGACAAGCUUGCUGUAUCAGAAAGAGCAGCCAAGGCAGAAGCACAAAUGAAGGAAAAAUUUAAGCUGAGGCUAAAGACACUGGAAGAGGGGCUGAGGCACGGGUCAAAUGUCUUGGUGAAUGCAAACUUUCUUUGUGCAUCACCAAAGACUGAAAAAUCGAACAAAAUAUUUAGUUUCCUAACGAGCAAUGGUGGACUCAAAAAGAGAUCAUCAUCGCAGCCAAGGGCUUCUAUCAUUAGAAGCUCUCCCCUUCGGCAACCAAAUAUGCAGGAUGAAGUGGUGAAUGUUGCCAGAGAAUUCAACGGCAUGAAUAGUCUAAGAAAGAAAUUUGCUUCCGAGGAAUAUUUGCUGAAAAAAGGUAUGUGGGUGUCUAGAAAUAAGGUCAUUGAUAGCACAGGUAAAGAAAAUGCGGAAAAGAAGACAUAUUCAGACGAAAGCAUUGACAAGUCUGCCAAUGAAAAGAAAGCAGCAUCGGGGGCAAGUAUGACAGACAGCAAUGGUGACACUGAAUUGGCAAGCAAAGGAAGUGCCAAGUUGGAUAACGAAGACGUGGUCUCAGGCUUUUUAUAUGACAGACUUCAGAAGGAAGUCAUCGGGUUAAGGAAGUUUUCUGAGGUUAAAGAUAGCGUCUUGAAUGCUAAGGAACAGGAAAUUCAGAUGCUAAUGAAGAAGGUGGACACAUUGACAAAAGCCAUUGAAGUGGAGUCUAAGAAAGUGAAGAGAGAAACAGCAAGCAGAGAAAAGGAAGCAGCGCAGAUGAGAGUGGAUGAGCUUAAGAACAUCAAGAACCUGAAAUCGACCAACAGGGCGAUCAAGGCAUGACGCGUAAAGCGAAGGAGUAGAUGGAAAUUGGAAACUCUGCUACACCAGCAACAUCUCUUGAUUUAUUUUGUGUAAAUAUUGGUGGAAAGGAAAGAGCUUUACCAUUGAUUAACUAGUGCAAUUUCAGUUCUGAUUACUUUGGUUUGUAAAAUUAGAACUGAUAAAUUCUAGGAUUGAACUGGGAGUGUGCUUUUUUAGCGCUUGAGAUUGACAAGAAUGGUAUUUCUUGCUCA